CUGGACUCCCCUCCCAUCAACAUCAUCAUCACCAACAAAAGCUGUGGUUCCGUUGGUGUCACCACCACAUCCUCCGUCCUCCUCCUCUGACGGUUUUCCUUUUUCGAUCCGCUGCAGUCUCGUCGCCGUAGAAUUCGCACUGACAACGGUAGAGUUGGAAUUAAUGGAGGAUUGCUGUGAUUUUAUACAAUGGCUUGGAGCUGAUAUGUCCAUAAAGAUACUAAUGUGUUUGGAUAAUCCAGCAGACCUUGUUCGUGCUAGUGCUGUUUCAAGCUCCUGGCGUCAGUUUGUUGUCGCGAAUGGCCUUUCUAAGCAGCUUUGCAUAAGAAUGUUUCCUAAAGUAUCGAGUGUUAUUAGUGUUGUCGAGAUGAAUAACAGGAUAGAGCAUGGACACUAUGGCGUUGAUGGUUCUAUGGAAUGGCCACGGUUGGAGAAGGAACACCGAGUAUAUGCGUUUUUAGCUAGGGGUUUCACCUCCUUUAUGAGAAGGGAUUGCAUAUUGGAGGCGAUUGUUGCAUCUAGCACAGAUAACUAUCCUCAAGAAAGCAUCCAUCACACUUUAGAACCAGGUGACAGGGUUGAUCAAAGGGCUUCUUACUGGUCAAGCGAAGGCGAAGUUGAUCCUUCAGUUCCUGAAACAUUAGUAUAUAAGCUUAUUGCAAAUUUAUGUGUGAUUACUGAGAUCCACAUACAUCCUUUUCAAGCAUAUUUUCAAUUUGGUUUUCCCAUUUACUCUGCAAAAGCUGUGCGGUUUCGGUUGGGGCAUGUGAAGCCUACUUAUGAAAUUGAGAGUGACAUGAAAGACGAGUCUACAGCUGCUUUGAGGUUUAUCCGUGACAAUGUUGUUUGGACAUACACAUCACCAUCAUUUCCAAUGGCACAGGAGAGCCGUCUUCAAAAAUUUAAGCUACCAGAACCUGCUUUAUGUAUCGGAGGGAUCUUGCAGAUAGAGUUGCUGGGUAGGGUUCAGAGACAAGAAAUGGAUGAAAAAUACUAUAUAUGCGUGUCGCAUGUUCAAGUUAUGGGACGACCUCUUUCACCUGCAUUUGAUGUGGAUAUAAUUGAUUCGAGUGGGUUGUGCUCGCUGAAAUACUACUCGCAUGCAGAGUAUUGCUGUUCACCCCCAGAUUCUCCUGAAGGUGAGGCAAGUAGUAGCCCUUCUCGUUUCCGUUCAUUCACUGCAAGCAUAAGAGGUUGGGAGCAAAUGAUUCUUAACACAUUACUUGGCGGCGGAGUGGUGGUGGGUAACGAUGAUUCAGAUGAUGAGGUCGUUGGUUAAUCCCCUUCUUUAUGAUAUACAAAUAGAGUUAGCAGGUAACAGUUGUUGGAAGAGCUGCAAUCUAAAUCCCCCAUUUUUCUUUGUAAUGUUGGUUGUUUGGUACUCGUUGCCUAAAUCUGUGGUUAUUGUAACAUCUUUGUUGGCUUCUUUUAUUAGGACGUUUAGUUGUAUACAUAUUUACAAAUAACU